UGAAGCUGCAUUUGCAUAAUAUGCUCCUGGCUUUUGUUUCUAUUGUGUGUUUAUUUGGGGUGAGGGGGCUCUUGGGGGUGCAACGUCUUGUGAGGAGAAGCUGCUUUGGCGGGGCAAGCCUUGUUUUUCUUAUAUUGUAUGAUACUAGUCAGAAAAAUAACGUGUUCUAAAGAUGCCGGAUUUUUAAAUUUAUUUUUACUGCUUAUGGGGUGGGGGUGUUGUAGUUGAUGGAUAGCUUAAGCCCCUAAGACCCCACCCCCAUUAUUAAUAAUCAGAGUCCUUGGAAGUCUCCCGCCGCCUCCCCCUUCUGACCGCCCAGAUUUCAUCAAGCCCCAGGAAGGCUCCACAAGGUCCAGAGGAACUGAGCCAUUUUCUGGCUCGUCGAAGACAAAUCCACCGGGCGGGGGAGGGGGGCAACUCGUGGGAGGCCCCAACUCAGCGGAGGGGUGCCCUGGGAGGCGAACCUGGGGUUUACCUCGAAGAGCUCGCCUCGAGGUGCAGGUUAAGGGGGGAAUGGGGUGGGGGUUGAUUAAAAAAUGUUCUUCCUUUCUUAAAAAGAGGAGGGGGAAGAACAGACUUUAAAUUCUUUUGCAAACAUUCAUGCCUAAGGAAGGGCUGGAACAGGCAGCCCCGGCCGCCGGAACCGGUCGGACAGGUAGCGAGCUUGUUGACACCGUUAUGUUGCAGGGCGCAUGCUCACUCCCAAGUUUCCUGGUGCCUUUUCUAUUCCACCUUAUGAAACUUUUUCCCCGGCGUGGUCUCACUCGCGAUUUAAGGCAUAGGUGUCGCCGAGCCGGGAGGCUGGGAGUCGCCAGGCGUGCGGGGGAGAGGCCUGGGCCGCGCCGCGGCGGGGGGUGGAGGAAGAGGGCAGGCGAGGCGGGAAGGUGGGCUCUGGCCGCCGGGAGCCGGGGACGGAGCCGCCGCCGUCGCCCCUAGCGGGGAGCAGCCGGGAGGAGGGGGCCGCAGUCGGGAGAGGGGACCCCACCAUGCCCAAAGUCUUCCUGGUGAAGAGGAGGAGCCUGGGGGUCUCGGUCCGCAGCUGGGAUGAGCUCCCGGAUGAGAAAAGGGCAGACACCUACAUCCCAGUGGGCCUGGGCCGCCUGCUCCACGACCCCCCCGAGGACUGCCGCAGCGACGGCGGCAGCAGCAGUGGCAGCGGCAGCGGCAGCGCCGGGGAGCCUGGAGGAGCCGAGAGCAGCUCGUCCCCGCACGCCCCCGAGCGCGAAACCCCCGAGCCCGGCGACGCCGAGGGCCCCGAUGGACACCUGGCGGCCAAGCAGCGCCCGGUCGCCAGAUCGAAAAUCAAGUUCACCACAGGCACGUGCAGCGACUCGGUGGUUCACAGCUGUGACCUGUGUGGCAAGGGCUUCCGUCUGCAGCGCAUGCUAAACCGUCACCUCAAGUGCCACAACCAGGUGAAAAGACACCUGUGCACCUUCUGCGGCAAGGGCUUCAACGACACCUUCGACCUGAAGAGGCACGUCCGCACACACACAGGCAUUCGUCCCUACAAAUGCAAUGUCUGCAAUAAAGCCUUCACCCAGCGCUGCUCUCUGGAGUCCCACCUGAAGAAAAUCCACGGGGUGCAGCAGCAGUACGCCUAUAAGCAGCGGCGGGACAAGCUCUACGUCUGCGAGGAUUGCGGCUACACAGGCCCCACUCAGGAGGACCUGUACCUGCACGUGAACAGUGCCCAUCCGGGCAGCUCGUUUCUCAAAAAGACAUCUAAAAAACUGGCAGCCCUUUUGCAGGGCAAGCUGACAUCCGCACACCAGGAGAAUACCAGCCUGAGUGAGGAGGAGGAGAGGAAGUGAGGUGAAGGAAGGGGAGGACAGACAUUCACACUGCCACGUAUGUCUACGUGGAUUUUUGGUUUUCAGCGUCCCCCACCCCACUGGCUCUUCUUAAUUAGAAGUGACCAGUUCACCUCUGUGUCCUUUUGAAGCAUCAGCAGUAGGGUCCAUUCCAAGAUUGUCAGUUACCGUAGUGACGUCAGGCCCUGUAACCUGUGUCCUGUCUGGCGCGGUUGCUCACAUUCACCAAAGUUUGUUUUCCACGAUCCUGAUGGCCAAGAACACCGUGUGGGAUUUUUUUUUUCCCCAAGGAUUUUCACACACGGAAGGAGAGGUAUUUCUUAGAGAGAUCAUCAUUUUAUGGUGCCUUGAAAUAAAAAUACUUCUACUUGAAA